AUGAUUGGAGGAGCUCUUGCUGCCGGAAGCGUCCAUAUCGCCAUGCUCAUCGUCGUUCGUAUACUACAAGGCGCGGGUCUUGGAGCGCUUGCCACACUUACACCGGUCUACCUUGCGGAGAGCUCUACAGCUGCAAAGAGAGGCAUGUUAACUGGACUUCACGGGUUCUUUUUAGUCAGCGGAUACAAUAUCAGUUCGUGGGUUGGGUUUGGGUGUUUCUAUUCGACCAACCUGACUUUCGGCUGGAGAGGGCCGAUUGCUUUCACAUGCAUCCCUGCGCUAUUGCUGACCAUUGGCUGCUUCUUCGUCCCGGAAAGCCCUCGAUAUUUGCUCAUGCGUGGCCGCUCAGACCAAGCCUGGACAAUUGUGCAGCGCCUUCACCAUGAUCAAAACGAUCCAGCCGAUACUGCCGCGCACGAAGAGUUCUUCUCAAUGAGGGCGCAGAUCGAAUUUGAGCAGACCCAACCAUCCGGUUACAUGGGCAUCUUCAAGACCGCCAGCUACCGCAAGCGAGCUUUCCUGUCCUGCUUCGUGCAAUUCGCAGCGAACAACACUGGAGCACUCGUUAUCAAUUAUUACUCCGUUAUCAUCUAUGGAAACCUGGGCCUUUCGGCGUCGCUGUCGCUGUUGAUGUACUGCAUCUACACCUUGAUCGGUGCAUUGGGCAAUCUCUUCAGCCUUCUGACGGUCGACAAAACUGGACGACGCUUCGCCCUCCUCACGGGCUUUACCGGCUGCCUCGUCGCUCUCAUCAUCGAGAUAGCCAUGUUAGCCGAGUUCGUCACCGUCGCCACACCAAAUAAGGCAGGCGGCAAAGUCGCGGUGUUUGCAAUCAUGUUCUUCGUCUUCUUCUACGGCCUCUUCAUCGACGCUGCGAGCUUCAUAUACAGCAGCGAGAUCUAUCCGACGAACAUCCGAUCCAGAGGCAUGGCAUUGUCGACGACAACGUAUUUCCUGGCCUGCAUCACAUACGUCACUCCGGGAGCAACAGCAAUUGCCAACAUCGGCUGGCAUUACUACCUGGUCUUUGUUUGCUUGACCGUGGUGUCGAUUCUGGUGAUUUACUUCGUUUAUCCAGAGACCUCGAAACGUAGCUUGGAAGAGCUGGCUGUUUAUUUUGGCGAGACGGUCGUCGUGGAUACCGACCUCGAUCCCGAACACAAGCUCGGCGAGAAGGCGGGUAAUGAUGUCAAGCAUUCGGAACGUGCUGUCUGA